AUGACGAACUACCCCCCGACUCCAGCAUUUGGUGGCUUUCCACUUCCUGCUCCGAGGGGUCCACCUAGCCUAAAUCAGGACCUGCGGAAAUUGAGCAUCAACAGUGCUGGCAGUAAUAAUACUGCAUUGCCUUCACCGGCGCUUCAAUCGCCAAUGUAUAUGCCUAAGUUUACCAAUAUUAACAGCGCGUCUCGACAGCUACCCUCUAAUAUCCCAUCCACCGCUUCCAACUCUACUCAAAAGAUAAUAGAGGAAGGGGAACUUUCGGAUGCGGAAGAUAUUGAGGGGCAACAUUCUAAAAAGCGCAAUAAUCGUUCUGAAAGCAGUCAACGAGAUCGAGGUGUUGAAAAUCAGCAAGGCAAGAAUUUUGUUUCGCACGGUAUGAGAAUCAACAGUGAAACCUCAAAUAAUUUACCAAUAUCCCGUUCGCAGACGUGGAACGAACCUUAUCGCAGGGAAGCUGCGUCACAUACAUCACAAGGUGAUCAACGCGAUAAAAGAUUCAAUCCGCAUAGUCAACCAAAAGGAAAUUUUCGAGCUUCAGGAUCAGGGGCGAUGUCAUCAUCUCCAUCUGGGCCUAACAAUUUCUCAGCUUCGUUUCAUGUGGCCUCGAAAGGAAUGCUUGUAGGUGGUAGCCCCACGCAUCCUUCUACUCCCCAUUCCCCAUUGGAACCGACAAGGACUUUGACGGAACUGCGCAGUGAAGCUCAGCGGGCCGUAUUGAAUAUGCUUCCCCUUAGAGUUACCUGGGGGUAUAUGGUCGACAAUUACGAGAUUGAUCCAAAUGUUUUAAAGAUGGUAUAUACUUCUAUCGGACUUCCGAUCCCACCAGAAACACCUUCACCACCCCCAAGUGGUGAUAUUGAUCAUCCACAAGUAGCGGGUUCUAAAGUCAAAUCAAGAGAUAAAUCAUCCGAUAGAAUGGAGAUUGAUAAGGAUGCGCAAGCAAUCCGCAAACAACUCGAGAAAGACGCACGGGAUAGGGAACGAAAAGAAGCCGAGGCUAAAGCUGCAGAGCUAGUUCGUCAGCGUGAAGCAGCAAAAGAAGAGGAAGAAAGAAAAAGAAGACUUGCAGAAGUUGAAGCCAAAAAGGAAGUGGUUCGAAGGAAGAUUAACGAGAUGGGUCUUCCUGGUAAAUCUGCUUCCCCUGGUCUUCCACUCACACCUAUAUCGUCUACUCCUGUGGUAGCGGCCAUUGCCAGAGCACCACCUUUGUCUCCACCCAAGCCGGAAGUGCCUAGAAUUCCUGGCUUAUUGCUCACACAGCUAGAUGGUUCUUAUUCGGAGUCUCGCCCUACUCCAGGAGUUGUGCCUCCACAGGGCGAUAUCAUCAUGAAAGAUCCACUUGAACCAGUGUCCACCUCCAGACAAUCAACCGCAAUUGCUGCGGUAUCUAAUAUAUCUACUCCAACCAAAGCACCUUCCCCAGAGCGGCCCUACAUUCACCGUAGGAAGAGACCGGUUGCAUCUGAUAUGUAUUCGGAGCCUAUGCCGACAACUAAACGAAAGUUUGGUGACCAUAGAAACGUAGAGCUAAUCAUUGACAUAUCUGAUGACGAAGAGGAAGAGGAGGAGGAGGGCUCAUUAAAUGGUUCAGGCACCUCUCGCUCAACGCCUUGCGGCACAGAUAAAAGGAGUGGGAAUAUUACCCCGCCACGUCUCCGCCCCAGUCAAACAACCCCUGUUGGGGGCUUUUCUAGCAAUGGCACUUCGAAGCUUGACUCGGCAAAAGCGCUUCAAGCUAAAGAGGAGCAGAUCAGAGCUCUGAAAGAAGCCAUUCAAAAGGCGCAGGAGAAGAAAAAGCUUAUUGCAAAAACCGGGUUAUCGACACCAACAUCAAUUGAAACUCCAAACACUGGAGCGGAACCAAGUGACCCAUCCCCUCUUACGCAAGUGCAGCAACAGCAGGUAACCGAUGUAGCCAUGGCGGUCUCGUCGGCUCUUGAUAAUGUUAAGAAACAAGACGAAAUCAAACGCAAAGUGGAAGUUGAAAGGCAAAAGAUGCUCAUUCAAGUCAAGGAGGCACACGCCAGGGCAAAGGCGGAAGCUACCAGGCUCAAGGAAUUGCAGAAAAGGGAACAAAAGAAAAAAAUUGAUGCCCUCUUAACAGAAAUCGAGGAGAUUGAGAAAGCUGAGGCCAAAAAAAAGAGGAAAGAGGCUGAAGAAAUUGAAGCUGCGAAAAUUAGGCAACGCGCGAGGGAGGAGAAGGAAAAGCAGCUGAAAGAAACCGAGAACGAAAGGCUGAAGAAGAUGUUGGCAAAAGAGAGGGUUUUACAGGAAUUAGCAAGAAUGCGACGUGAAGAGGAGGAGAUGGAAGCGAAGAAGGAGGCCUUAAGAGCAGAGUUAGCAGCCAUGGAGAAAGCGGCAGAUAAGAAGGCAGAUGCUAAAGGAGAGUGCGAUGAAAUUGCAACAAACGCCAUUUCUAAGAAGAAAGAGGAAAUUGAGCAAUUGAAGAAGGCUAUGGAGGAAAUCGAAGUUGACCACGCGACCUUGAAAGACGACCAGAAAUCAUCCCCACAUGAACAACUGUCACAAACAGGCGUCUUGGCGGAUCGCCAACAAAAGGUAACGGAUGUAACGGAUGAUGUUGUGAUGGGGGAUGAUAUGGACCUCGGGAUUAAAGGGGACGGGACGGUAAGUCAUGAGCAGGUUCAAGCGCCAGGAAUGGAUAGAACCGAAGUCGUUAUCAGUCGUUCCUCGGUUGUAUCAUCACCUGUAUCGACAAACACCUCAGAUGAUGCGAUGGAUGUCGACCAAAAGAUGUUUGAGACCGAAAAGGUAAACAAAAAUGACACGAACGUCGAUGAUGUUGACAUGGACGCUAGCAGCGAUGAAGAUGAGGAUCAGGAAAAGGGUAAAGAGAUGAAUACAGAAUCAAGCAGUGAAGCGGACGAAACCUCAGACGAGGAAGAAGAUGACAGUGACGAGGAUCAACCGCAAGUAGAGCCAGCAGUUCUAGAAGAGCAAAAACCGAGACCUGCCAUGCCAACCACUUAUCAGAUGUUGGACGACAUUCAAGAAAAACCGGCAAAUAGCAGUGCCGUAGAUCUGGAGGAAGCUAAUCUACAAAUCUCAGUGCCCGAGCAAAGAAAACAGGCCAAGGAGCUCGUGGACCCCGCCAAGAUCACUUCUACAACCGCUGCCGUGAGCGUUACCAAGAAACAGGGAGAUCAGAAGAUCCAAAGACAACCUGAACACGUCUUCACACCUUACAAGUCACCACUGACUAGCUUCAAAUCUUUUCGGUACCACCCGAACUUCCUCGCCUUUUGCCCAGGUGGUUACAGGAGCUUAACGUUUUCGAACCGCAUCGACCCUACAAAACCGCUUUGCAGGUGGGAACUUAGCGGUGGCAUCUGCAGUGACACCAGCUGCUUGGGGCAACAUAAAAGGCAGAUUGAGAUGCCAGAUGAUGAAAUUCUUGUCGAACUUGCAUCUGUUGUUGAAGGCUCUACUGAGGAGGAGCGCAACAACUACAACCGUGGUCUCAGGCAGACGAUUGCGUCUAUGCGUGAGCAGGGGAUCAAAGAUUUUGAGACUGUCGUGACUGGUAUCGCGUCUUACCGUAGACAGUUUCUUGGUGACGAUACGAGGGUAUUGAAAUUGCCCCCAUCUCAGCCUCCUCAAACAUCCCAGCAUCAACAUCACCAGCAGCGGGGCUCUUCUUCUUUCUCUUAUACGUGA